AUGAGUCUGAGAGCACUGUCAAGAAGAGAAACAAGAGAGAGGCAUUCGAACCCUCCGCGAGAAGGGGGGGGGGGGGGGGGGGGGGCGGUGGGUGGUGGGGGGUGGGGGGGGGGGGUGGGGGGGGGGGGGGUGGGGGGGGGUGGUGGGGGGUGGGGAGGGGGGGGGGGCGGGGGGGAUGGAGAUGGGGGCGGCGCCGCUGUUGGGGGGGGCGUCCUAAUCACACUGCUUGGAUCAGGAUUCUGA